AUUCCCUAGAAGUAAUAGUUUACAUCAAAGAAGUGUCAGGUGUCUAUAUUUGUGCUAUUUUUUAUGAUAUAAUGGCUGAUCCGUUAAGUUUAUUGAGACAAUACAAUGUUAAUAAAAAGGAAAUUAUCGAAAGAGAUGGACAGAUCAUUUUUGGAGAGUUCUCGUGGCCCAAAACUGUAAAAACUAACUACACAACAUACGGUUCAGGGAAGGAUGGAGCAGCCAAAGAAUACUACACAUUAGAAUGCUUACUGUUUAUAUUGAAAAAUGUUGCAUUGACUCAUCCAGUUUAUGUCAGACAAGCUGCUGCAGAAACAAUCCCGGUUGUGAGAAGACCGGAUCGAAAAGAAUUAUUAGCAUAUUUAAAUGGUGAAACAGCCAGUUGUUCAGCUAUAGAUAAAGGGGCCCCUUUAGAACUUCCCACACAAGUAAAAAGAUCUCUCGAAUAUGAUGGUUCUGAAAACAUUACAAAAAAACCUCGUUUUGAGGAUACACACGUACAAAAAGUUAGGGAGCAAUUGGCCGCUCGUUUGGACGCGCCAAAGGAAGCCUCCGUAACUGUAGAUAACAUCAAAUCACUCUCUGAGGCAAUGUCUGUAGAAAAAAUUGCCGCAAUUAAAGCAAAACGUUUAGCGAAGAAACGUACAACAAUCAAAGGAAACGAUGAUAUAGGUCAAGAAUAUGAUAUCAGAGCAAUUUUGGAUUUAGAUGUUGAUAUAACUAAAGAUAUCAUUAGUCGCGAAAGACAAUGGCGAACAAGAACAACCAUUUUACAAUCAAAUGGGAAAAAUUUCGCUAAAAAUAUCUUAGCUUUACUUCAUGGGAUUAAAGCUCGAGAAGAAGGGAGACAAAGAAUGCCUCAACCUCCUCAGCAACAACCCAUUACAACGCCACGGUCGACUCCAAUGCGCCCCCAAACCCAACCGGCAGUUUACAACCGUUAUGAUCAAGAAAGAUUUAAUAAACAACGUGAAGAUACCGAAGGUUUUAAAAUCGAUACAAUGGGGACUUACCACGGGAUGACUUUGAAAUCAGUAACGGAAGGUUCUGCUAAAGCGCGUCCUGUACAAACUCCAAAUCCUCCAGCUUUAGCUGUUAAUACACCAAGACCACCAUCUGGUCAAAAGAAAAUUUCUCGAACUCCAAUUAUUAUUAUUCCAGCCGGGCCUCCUUCAAUGAUUACUAUGCAUAAUGUUAAAGAUAUUCUACAAGAUCUUAAGUUUGUUUCAGUUGAACAGAAAAAAAAUGACGGUUGUCGUCGGGAUAAUGAAGUUUUAUUGCAAAGAAGAAAAGGCGGAACUACGGUUCCUUAUAGAGUUGUUGAUAAUCCAGCUAAAUUAAGUCCAAGCGAUUGGGAUCGUGUUGUUGCCGUUUUUGUUAUGGGCCCAGCUUGGCAAUUUAAAGGAUAUCCAUGGGAGAAUCCUGUUGAAAUUUUUGAUAAAAUUUGUGCUUUUCAUUUAAAGUAUGACGAAAUGAGAUUGGACGCUAAUGUUGGAAAAUGGGCUGUAACUGUAAUAGAAUUAUCAAGGACGAAAAGACAUUUAGAUAGAGCAGCUUUAAUGGUUUUUUGGGAAAAGAUGGAUAGGUUUAUAAUGCAACAUAAACCUCAUUUAAGAUUCUAACCGCUUUUAUUGAAACAAUAAUCUUUAAAUUAGUUUCACAAAUCAUAGAAUCGUUUCAAUUUACUCCGUUUUUUUAAUUUAGAGUUUAGGUUCUUUUUUUUUUUAGUUAUUUUAUUGCGUAAGAUUGUUUAUAGUGUACUAUAGCAAAGUAGGAAAUACUUUUAUUAAUUAAUUAAAUGUAUUAAUUCGUCUGAUUAAAAUAAAAGGUGUUUCAUAUUAAAUUCUU